UUUUGUAGAUGUUGUCAUAUAAAUCCGACAAAUUGCCUUUCUUUAAAUGUGAUUGUUUGAUCACAACGUGACAUUUGAACCCUUUGGCUCACAUUUUCAUUGUCUUUGUCGCUCUGUCAUUGGUGAUUUUAUCUGCACUUCACUGACCACUAAUGUAAAUCAUCACCACAAAACAGACACAUCCUGUUCAGACACUGACAGACAUCGCCACUUCCUCUGAAAUAUGCAAAAUAUACUUUCAUAAGACGUAGUGUGUAUUGUGUGCAUAGGGAACUGAGAGUGCAAUUUAUUUUCAAGGUGAGACCAAAGAAAAUAACACAAAUGGUGAUCAAUGACAUAUCUAUAUAUUCUAUUAAAUGAUGGACUGACUGACUUAAUUCAUUGUUUUGUAAUGGUGGGAGAAGCUGAUCCAUUGCGCACAGUGUUGUAUUUGCUUCCUCUUGCCUUUGUCUUGACACGUGAAGGUGGAGCCUCAUGGAGUUCCUCUUGGUUUCAUUUAGUCAACCGAAGUUUGAACAUCCAGUCUUAAGUGUUCACAUGGGUUUUGAAGAUGACUGGGGUCCAGAUCCUGGCUUGUUUCUGGACUCUGCUCCUCGCUCAAAGUGGAUUUGUGUGCAGUGACAUUCAGUUCCUGGAGAGACAUGAAGGAGAAUCUGUGGUUCUUCCCUGUGCCGUUGAGCAGAGAAACCUUCCUCCCUUCGGUGUCUACCUGAAGCGCAGCUGGUUACAACCCACGAAUGUGCUGUUCAUGUACACCAAGAGCGACUCCGUCGUGGAAAACGAUGCUGACCAACACCGCGUCAGUGUCAGUGGCGACCCGAGCAGCCAUGCUCUCAAUGUGACCAUCUCUGAGCUGAGGGUCAGUGACACAGACAGGUACCACUGUGAGUUUUACUUCAAUAACCCUUCGUCUGAAGAUGACCGCAUACGUGGAAACACUGAGUUCUUCCUCCUCGUCACGGCUGACGCCCCUGGGUCUCUGGACAUAGGGUUGGUAGAGACAUGUGCCGGGGGCUCGGCCGCGCUCCCCUGUCUCCCCCCAAACGGGGAAGGCUUGGCCGUUGAGGGAGUCAGUCUGAAGAGGCAGAGGGGCAAGGCUCCUGUGGAGCUGUUGUACCACUCAAAAGGUCACCGUGGCAUCAGUCCUUCCACCUCCUCCUCCUCUUCUUCCUCUUCUGCCUCUCAGUUUCCCACUGAGAGAGUGCAGCUGUCCUCAGCCCCCAGCCCUGGUGGCAUCACCUACAACCUCACCCUGCAGCAGCUGCAGCCAGAAGAAAGUGGCCUGUACAGCUGCCAGCUGCUGGUGCACGGCAGGUCCGAAACCAUCUCCACUCUAGGGAGACAAGUGUUCUUUGUAUCUGUGCAAGGCCAUCACUGCAGCUGCUCCAGCUACACCACCCUGCUCUACGCCGUGUCCUCAGCUGCAGCCCUCCUUCUCGUCUCCAUCCUCAUUGGACUUGUGGUGAUGUAUAAAGGCAAAGCACGCCACCGUGUCAAGUCUCACCAUCAGGCUCCCAUUUACGAGGAGAUGGUCGGGGUGAAGCCUCCCAGCCGAAAAACGGCCCCUCACCAUCUGGAGGAAACGGAAUCUUCUGAGUACAGAAACUGCCACGUGAAGAAAUCCUGCCAUGAAAACCACUAUGAAAGUCCGAGUGGAGCCCUCUUUUCCAGAAUAAAUUAGAUGCUUAUUGACGUCUCAGCAUCAUGAACGAGACAGUGGACUCCUGUCAUUUCACACAUUAACAGCUAAGAUUCUCCUCAUGCUGUAGGAAUUCUUUAAAAAAAAAUUGAGCAAUAUAUACAAACUAUGUUUUCACCAGAUUGAUAUCAUAUGUAAAAUGUUAAUGUAAAUGUGUCUUGUGUGGUUUUGAUGAAGUGUUUUCUGCUGCUGUAGAUCAUCUGCUUCAAGGUUGCUAAACAUGGCUCUUCUCCAUCUCUUGGUUGAGUUACUGUUCCCUUUCUAUCAUCUCGCACCAGUAUGGCCGUCCCUCUCUAACCUCUGACCUCCAGCAUGAACGAGACAACUGCUGAAGACGAUUUUCUAUAAAUCCUAGAGAUGUUUGUGCCUUAAAAUCUCAGUUGACGAGCAGCCAUGCCACAUUCGCUUACUUCCCCAUUCUGGUUCAGGAGCUCGUCUUGCUCAUGUCUACAUGCAUUGAGUUACUACUGUGUGAUUAGCUGGGCAUUUACAUAAACAAAUAUUUUACCUGUGUACAUGUAAAAACCAAAUUUCCGUUGUGGCCUUGGCUCUGAGGACACCUUACAAAAGUCAAAAAACUUGGAACAAAAGCGUUUCAAUUUGCCUCCCGUGUCUCUGAAUGACGUGUUUUUAAAAAUUCUCUUUGUGAUUGUUUAUAUCAUGCCUGAUUUUGUCCUUUAAUGUACAUUGGCUGGAUAUAUUAGUGUUUUGUAUCUUUUUUGUUAUGCUGCCUCCUGUUAAAAAUAUUUAAGUCCUAAUGAGACUUUGCCUGGUUAAAUAAAGGAUGUAUUACAAGGAGAUGAAAAGGUGUAAUAAACUAAUUAAUAAAGUG